AUGGGUGAAAUCACCACCGCUGGAGAGGCUGUCAAAUCCAAGCCGACGAUCGUGGUCCCGCCGCGCGGCCUGCUUUUCGCCAACGCGUCGGGUCCCGGGUUCAGCCCGGGCCCGAUGACCCAGCUGGUCUCCAGCUUAUUUCCCGAGCAGGGCCAGGCUUUCUCCUUCUCCCGCCUAUUAGCUGGAGCCAUGGCUUCCCCACUCGCCGCUGCUCAGCCGCCGCCGCAACCGCAACCGGAGAGCCUCAGCUCUUUGUUCAUGGUACCUCCAGCCCUGACGCCCUCUGGAUUGCUUAAUUCGCCUGGCUAUUUCUCACCUCUUCAGAGCCCAUUUGGAAUGUCUCACCAGCAAGCACUGGCCCACGUCACGGCCCAGGCUGUACUAUCCCAAUCUCUAAAGCAAAUGCAAACACAGUCUCAACAACACUCAUCCAAAGACCGGUCGCCUGAUUUUAUUAUCAACCCGAAACCAAAUCCUCCACCGUCCGAACCCGAGAUGGCAAUAAUUUCUGAUUUUACUCAAUCGGAUAGAAAACCUGCCUGUGAUAAGCCAGCUGCCGACGGCUAUAAAUGGCGAAAAUAUGGUCAGAAGCACGUGAAGACGAGUGAGUGCCCGCGCAGCUACUAUAAAUGCACGCAUAUCGAUUGUCCUGUCAAGAAGAAGGUCGAACGAGGUCCAGAUGGUUGUGUGUUGGGGGUUACGUAUAAAGGGGAGCAUAAUCACGGUCAGCCUCAACCCAGUAAACAAGGGAAAGUUGGUUUUGCAUCGGAUGCCACAAAUAUGACUUCACUAGUGCAGGUUGAAACCAAACCGAUACUUGAGCAUCAUCAGGAAAAUAGUGAUAGUUUUGACAAGGGGGAUGGUGAUAUGCCAAUUGCCAAAAGAAGGAGCUUGGAUAUGGUGACAUCUGUGCCAGCUGCUUCAUCACAACAAACUGUGUCGGAAUCAAAAAUUGUGUUGCAAACAACAAGCGAAGUUGAUGUAUUGGAUGAUGGAUACAAAUGGAGGAAGUAUGGACAAAAAGUGGUUAAGGGGAAUCCUCAUCCAAGGAGUUACUACAGAUGUACACAUGCAGGCUGUAAUGUCCGGAAACAUGUCGAGAGGGCUUCAUCAGACCCAAAAGACGUGAUUACUACAUACGAGGGCAAACAUAAUCACGACAUCCCAGUUGGAAGGUACACAAACGCAAAUGCUCAAACACAGAAGACAGAUUCUAAAGAUAAUGGUUUUGGGGACAAAGAGCAUAUACCGAUAACUCUACAGCUCAAAGAAGGACAAAUCGCGUUUGCUUUGGAUUGUUCUUGUGUACUUUGCAAGGGAGAAGUGUGA